UAUCAACCUCUCAUGCAGACGUGUUUACCCUACCUCCAAUGAGUGGAUUAAUCGAUAGAUAAAAGCCUACUUGUUGUACAGUACAAAUAUGUCUAUGUUUAUAGUGUUUUUAUUCAUUUUUGUGGACGUCCUUAUGUUGCCUAAAUUAAACUACUGCAUGGAAAUAGAUUUUUGCAUACCUGUUCGAGUAGAUCAUCAACAUUUACAAAGACAUAAGCGUAUUCGACACACCGAUGAAAGAAAGAAUGACCAACUCAUUGUUUUUAAAAUAACUGCGUUUACGAAAGAAUUUUAUCUCAACCUUUCACCGGAUUCUACUUUUAUUGCGCCCAACAUCCUUCCUCUCAGCCCCUCUUUAGCAUCAUCUUUCUCUGCACCUCCAGACCUGAACCACUGCUUCUACUCUGGUGAUGUCAAUGCAGAUCAGAGCUCGUAUGCAGCACUAAGCCUGUGCAAAGGCUUACAAGGCGCGUUUUCGUACCGGGGCAUGGAAUAUUUCAUCAAUCAGCUUGGGAACGAGAGUGCAGGAGUAGGACACACCGUUAAUACCGUGAGAACAACACAUGUCAUACGUCGCCGCGGACGUGACAGAGGCCCCGGCGCCAAUUCCACCAUGAGCAGGUGUGGAGUAGGACCAGGUUUGAACCAAAACAUGUCAGCAUCUUUGGAGAAAUAUAAACACACGAGAGUACUGGAGAUAAGUAGUCUGACCGAAACUAUGUUGAGGACCUUGGGAAGAUCAAAAAGGUUUGCCUCAGUCCCUAGGUUUGUGGAGGUUCUUGUAGUCGCCGAUGAGUCUAUGGCCAAAUUCCACGGGGACGACCUGAAACAUUACUUGUUGACCCUGAUGUCUGUUGCUGCUAGGCUGUACAAGCACGCUAGCAUCCAUAACUCCAUAAACAUCGUGGUAGUGGGCUUCAUGGUGAUCAAUGAAGCAGACAACGGACCCAAGGUCUCCACCAAUGCAGCCCUAACUUUACGCACUUUCUGUUCGUGGCAGAAAAAGUUAAACAAAAAUAACGAUAAGCACCCUGAAUACUGGGACACUGCAAUCCUAUUUACUAAACAGGACUUGUGUGGAGCGACUACCUGUGACACCUUAGGCAUGGCAGACGUGGGUACUAUGUGUGAUCCCAAGAGAAGCUGCUCUGUCAUCGAAGAUGAUGGACUCCCUUCGGCCUUCACUACUGCUCAUGAACUGGGCCAUGUCUUUAACAUGCCCCAUGACAAUGUCAAUGCCUGCAAGGAGGUGUUUGGGAAGCUCAAGGACAACCACAUGAUGUCCCCCACAUUAAUCCAGAUCGACCGUGCCAACCCCUGGUCUGUAUGCAGCGCAGCCAUCAUUACAGACUUCCUGGACAGAGGCCAUGGGGACUGCCUUCUGGAUCAGCCCCAGAAUCUGCUGGCUUUGCCUGAGAGCCUUCCAGGCACCAGCUACAGCCUCCACCGCCAAUGUGAGCUGGCCUUCGGUACUGACUCCAAACCCUGCCCAUACAUGCAGCCCUGUUCCAAGCUGUGGUGCACUGGGAAUGCCAGAGGCCAGCUGGUCUGCCAGACACGCCAUUUCCCAUGGGCUGACGGCACCAGAUGUGGCAACAGUAAGCUCUGCUUUCGAGGGGCGUGCACUGACAAGAACAACUACACAAGGACCCAGGUGGACGGUCAAUGGGGGAGGUGGGGUGUAUAUGGCUCAUGUUCUAGAACAUGUGGAGGAGGAGUUCAGCUGGCCAAAAGAGACUGCAACAACCCUGUUCCAGAAUAUGGGGGCAAAUACUGCCAAGGAGUCCGAGUAAAGUAUCGCUCUUGCAAUUUUGACACCUGCCCAGAAUCAGGCAAAAGCUUCCGUGAGGAGCAGUGUGAGGCAUUCAAUGGAUUCCGCCUUAAUACCAACAGGCUCUCAUCAUCUGUGGUCUGGGUCCCCAAAUACUCUGGAGUGUCACCCAAGGACAAGUGCAAGCUCAUAUGCAGGGCCAAUGGGACUGGAUACUUCUAUGUUCUCGCUUCCAAGGUUGUUGAUGGAACACCCUGUUCACCUGACACCUCUGCACUAUGUGUCAUGGGGAAAUGCAUCAAGGCUGGCUGCGAUGGCAAGCUCAGCUCCAACAAAAAGUAUGACAAGUGUGGUGUGUGUGGCGGGGACAACCGAAAUUGCAAAAAAGUAUCCGGAUUGUUCACCAGACCCAAACAUGGCUAUAACUUUGUGCUGACAUUGCCCGUGGGAGCAUCCAACAUAGACAUUCGACAACGCGGCUACAGGGGCUUGGUGAAUGAUGACAAUUACCUAGCAGUGAAAAACCGACAUGGCAAAUACCUCCUGAAUGGGAAUUAUGUGGUAUCAGCGGUAGAGCGGGAUAUCAUUACGAAGGGCAGCCUGAUGCGCUACAGCGGCACCACUAGUGCUGUGGAGACCCUCCAGGCCACCAGACCUCUUCAGGAACCCCUGACCGUGGAGGUCCUCUCAGUGGGGAAGAUGACCCCACCCCGAAUCCGCUACACCUUCUAUCUGUCUCAAGAGCACCACAAGGAGAAGACCCUGAGAAAAGAAGAGAGGAGCCAGUCACAGAACAGCGUCUUAAUUGACAGCAACAAGGUGGUGCUGAAGGGGCCGUUGCACAAGUCCUUGCCCCCGAACAAGUGGUCCACGGGGAGCUGGGAGGAGUGCACAGCUUCCUGUGGUAUUGGGCUCCAGACUAGACUGGUUCAUUGCACAGACACAGAGGGCAAAACAGCCACAGACUGUGACAGUUCACAGAGGCCUGUUCCCACCAGGGCAUGUGGGGACCCUUGUCCCAAGUGGGAUAUCGGUCAGUGGUCAUUGUGCUCAAAGACAUGUGGGAGGGGUUUCAAACGGCGCCUGCUGCGUUGCGUCACUCAGACUGGCACACACACACUCAGAGAGCACUGUCUUGGCAUCAAGAAGCCACAAGAACUAGAUCUUUGCACAGUUCAGCUGUGUUAGUUCCAGUGAAGCUCUUAGAAAAAAACCUAUUGUCUGGCCUAAGUGGUCCUGAUGGAGUAGUGUAUGGUAUUAUAGUGGAGUACUGUUUUGACAAAAUGGUAUUUCAAACCGCUAAGGGAAAGAAGGUUGUAAAGGUACAAACUUCAGGACCAUUUCAGUUGAGUUGGAGUUACUGGCAGUGUCUGAAUACUCAAACGUACAAUACAUCCUAAAUAAUAGUUGUUUUAGGAUUUGAUUGGUCAACAAAAGUGUUGCAUUUAUAAUUUUGUUCAGUGUAAAUAAGAUGCGUACUAUUGACAAAGAUUAGUUUCUUUAUUAGAGUCCUUUGUUUGACAACAGCUGAUGAGUUGUUGAAAGAUUUAUUCUCCCGAUUUCUUUAAGAUGUAUACUCUUGCUUACAA